AUGGCACCAAUUCUGAAGUUUCUCAGCCUGGCUUUGAUUUUCAGUGUGACUGUAGGAGUGGACUGUCAGUGCUCUAAGAACAGGCUCAAAGUCACACAGUAUCGAACAGGAGAGUUGUUGCGAAACAAGCCAGUGUGGAGGGUGAAGAUCACCAAUGACUGCCCAUGUACUCAACUCGAUGUUAAACUAAGUUGCAAGGGAUUUCAAGCCGUGAAAGAUAUUGGUCCUAAGCCAGUCUUGGCCAAAUCCGGUGGCGAGUGUCUCCUCAACGAUGGCCAACCUAUCUAUGCGCACGAGGAUUUCAUUUUCACCUAUGCUUUUGGCACUCGGUUUCCUUUUCACCUGCUCUCCUCCCGAAUUGCCUGUUCUUAA